CGAAAUUGCCAGGUCACGUGGUCGAACGAGUCAGCGUCACCUGACUGGCCGUGUUUUUAAGCUCGCGCUGGUGUCAAUAUACCGCAGUGCAGCAGCUAAAGAGAACCGAGCGACUCCGUCCUGUGGUCAGCAAGCAACAACUCAGUAAAGAACAAGGAGCUCUGCCGUGAACCCAAGAUGCUUCUCACGCUUCUUUUGGUCUCAACUGCUGUGGCCAGCCCUCUUUUGGGAACUGAGCAGUGUGCUCGUGGACCCCCAUACUGGUGCCAAAACGCCAAGACCGCCUCCAUUUGCGGCGCAGUCUCCCACUGCCAACAAAAUGUCUGGAACCAGCCUCAUGUGAAAUCUGUGCCAUGUGACUUGUGCAAAGAGGUGUUGGGUGUGGUGGACAAACUGCUCAAGGAGAACUCAACAGAGGCUGAGGUCCUGAGCUACCUUGAGAAAACAUGCCAGUUGAUUCCUGAUGAAGGCCUGGCUGCUCAAUGCAAGGAAGUUGUAGACAAUUACUUCCCUGUCCUUAUUGAUGUUAUUAAAGGAGAGCUGGACAACCCAGAUGUGGUAUGUAGUGCUCUUGGCCUGUGUGUAAGCCAGCAGGAGGCUCUUGCCAAAGCUCAGCUCAUGUCCAAUAAGAUUCCUAAGGUGGAUCUGAGCCAGCGGUUUAACCCGUUACUCCUCAACAUCCCUCAGCUCCUUUACCCCAAGGAGAAUGUCAAUAAGGAGAAGGAGACCACCACAGAGGCGAAUAGCGACGUGUGCGACGACUGUGUGAAGUUCAUCACUGACAUUCAGGCGGAGGCCAAGAAAAACACCACCUUUGUCAACUCCCUGAUUGAGCAGCUUGAGAGCCAGUGUGAGCUGCUGGGUCCUAGCUUUUCUGAUAUUUGCAAGCAGUACAUCGGCCAGUACGCACCUCUUAUUUUUCAGCAACUCCUGUCCAUGCAACCCAAAGACAUCUGUUGCCGUGCCGGUUUCUGUGACUCCACCCCCGAAUCUGUGCCCAUGCUGAAUCUGGUUCCUGCUAAAACCAUCGCUGCAAAAAAAACCAUCCCUGCCAUUAAGUUGGUAAAGUCUGCCAAGAAGAUGGUGCGUGCCCGUGAAUCCCCACAGUGUGCCAUCUGUGAGUUUGUGAUGAAGGAGCUUGAAAGUAUAAUCCAGGACCAGAAAAGUGAGGAACAGGUGGUACAAGCUGUGGAGAAAGUGUGCAACCUCCUUCCCUCCACCCUUUCUGCACAGUGCAAGGAUCUGAUCGAGACCUAUGGUCAGGCAAUCAUUGAGCUGCUGUUACAGGAAGCUAGUCCCAAGGCUGUCUGCGGUAUUCUGGGGCUGUGCAGGGAUGCGAGUCGUGCCUUCAUCCCUGUGCUUGAGAAGGCUGAGUUUGAGGCUGGUGGGUUCUGUGAUGUGUGCAAGAUGGCCGUGCGCUACAUAGAUGGCAUCCUGGAGCAGAAUGCCACAGAGGCCCAGAUCGAGGACGCAGUAAAAAAAGUCUGCAACUUCCUGCCUGAUGAAUUUAAAACGCAGUGUGACCAGCUCAUCGAGCAGUAUGAGCCUCUGAUUGUCCAGCUGCUGCUCCAGGCCCUCGACCCCGAAUUUGUCUGCAUGAAGUUGGGUGCAUGCCCUGGGGCACUGAAGAUGCUGCUGGGAAUUGAGCAGUGCAGCUGGGGCCCAGCCUUCUGGUGCAAGAAUAUAGAGACUGCCACCCGCUGUAAUGCGGUGACCCACUGCACACGUCACGUUUGGAAUUAGAGAGGAGCUGCGUGCACAAACUGACCUGCGGAGCUAAAGGAGAAUUUCAGUAGCGCUGUUGUCUGUUUUGUAAAAGUCAGCCUGUCGUCCUGUUUUAUUUUAGAUGGUGAAAUGAUUUAAAAUUAUAAGUACUUUUAUUAAAGCAAUGUUGCCAUCCGGGAAGGAUUAAAGUUGCCACUAAGGGAAGGUAACAGUACUGUGGAGGAGGUACAAUGUGGAGAGACUGAUUUUACUAAAGAAUGUUUUUCUCUUUUUUUACUGAACUUGAACUGUAUCUUCAGCUGCUGAUAUUUUGAUCAAGAACAAGAGGGGUGGGAAGGGUUUUAUUUUUUUUCCUGAAUCACUUAGUUCCCCCCCCCAAAAGGGUUUUGGCUCCCUUUAAAGGAAAACCUGCAACUGCUUUAGCCACAAGAGUAGGGAGCUGAUUUAGAAUCGUUUGGUUUUUACUGACAUUUUUCAUCCUAAUUGAGGUUUGUUUUGUGUUUUUGCAGUAACACUUAUGCCCUCAUCAGUUUGAAGGCCCUGUUAAGUUAAUGUGACCUUGCAUCUAGUUUGUGUCUAGGGCCUUGGCUUUUUUUUUUUUUUUUUUUUAAAACCCCCUCCUUUUUCUUUUUUUUUUUUUUUUUUUUUUUUUUUUUUUGUUUAUCAAAUGAUCCUGAGCUUCAGUGUGCUUCAAUCUUAAUACUGAGCUAUUUGUUGGAAUCUGUACAAUUUUUAAUGGAAAUUAAACAAGCCUAAAUCUA